UAAUAUUUUAUCUCAUCGACGCAGGCUGAUGAACAAUAUAAUUAUUAUACUAAUGUUCUAAUUUCUGUGAUAUUAUAUUAAUUUAUGUUCAUAAUUUAUGUAAAUUAUACAUUAAUACAUUAAUAGAUUCAUCGUGAUUAUAGUUCAUGAACUACUGCAUAGAAUAAAGAUACCUACUAGAACUACUGUACUACUUUAGUCUGUAAUACUGUAUAUUUUAUAGACAUUAAAGAAUUAAUUAAUUACUAAUUAGGUAUUUGAAGUCUUGCAUCGGUCAACGACGAUUCAGAUUUCAGAAUAUACAAUUUGGUGUUCUUCAAAAGGAACGAUAUAUUUUCCGUUCACUUUUGAACGUGUAGACAUACCAUUUCUAAAUCAUCAGGCGUCUUCAGAUCACUUUUGAUCCUGUUCUGUCAUAUGUUGAUUGCGGUCCACAAUUAGUCAAUUAGUCAUAAUGGUACCUCGUGUGACUCUGCUGGACGCUCAUGUACUCGAUGAUCACAUUUCCAAAAUAUUCAUUGGCCAGACCUUAAAGAUUUUCAAGUACUUACCGUCAUGGAUUUUAAACAAUUGCGAGUUGGAAAUAAAUGUGAUAUUACAAUUUUUAAUGACAUAUUAUUCUGUGACAAAAUCAAAAGCAACAUUUGGCCAACAAAUGCUUGGAAUUAGAUUCAAACCAGACGAGCUGACUGAUACAAAGUUAGUUCUAUAUCAACUGUUAACGGUCGGAGCAGAGUAUAUACAAUCGAAAAUAGAAAGUCCUUCAAACAAUUUUAUAAACAAUAUUUCUAACCUACAGUUAGUGGUUGAUGUUUUGAAAGCGGGUUCUUUCUUGAAUUUUCUACUCUUCCUGCAACAAGGCAAGUACCCGACAUUAACUCAAAGAUUUUUAAGUCUUUCACAAGAGUCAACCCGCAAACGAAAUAUUGAAUAUACUUAUAUGACAAGAGAACUGCUGUGGCAUGGUUUUUCUGAGCUGUUGUUAUUCACAUUGCCUCUGAUCAAUUAUCAGUCUUUAAAACAUAAAAUAUCCAGAGUAAUGCAUUUUGCACCACGCAAAGAAGAUUUCAAAGAAAGACAGCCGCUUAUGUUUCCUGUGUCGGUGUGUAGUAUUUGUCAAGAGAGACCUGUGUUACCGCAUCAUCUUAAAUGCUCUCAUGUGUUUUGUUACUACUGUAUAAGUUCAAAGAGAAUGGUUGAUGAAAAAUUUGAAUGCCCCGAGUGUCAUCAUUUCGAACCUAAUGUAAUACCUGUGAUAUUGAUCAAUAAAGUUAAUAUAAACUCAUAAUAAUUUAUGAUGA